GAAAACAAAUUCAGGUAAAAGAAUUUCGAGAAAGCGUUAAAAAAAUGGAAAAUCGAAGCACGUCGACAGUACACAUACAAAACUAAUUCUCCUCCAUCUCAUCUACCCUUCAACGCAGCAAAACAGAGAGAGAGAGAGAGAGAGAGAGAGAGAGAGUUGGAGUCUUGGAGAGAGAGUGAGAGACACAGAGAGGAUUAUAUAGAGAGGGAGAGAGAAAUAUAAGCCCAAACAGUUCCUGAACCCUAAUAAUGAUAUUGGUUUCAUCUUCGUCUUCGGAUUCUAUUCAAUUUCUUCUCUGCAACUGUCCGUACUAGUAAUGGCGGAGGCAUCAACCACCACCACCGACUCCUCUGCGCCUUUGCUACGGCCGAGGCAGGGGACACCGGAGUUGAACGCCGCUCGGCCCGCUACGCUUGCUUUGCUGCUGGGGCGAGCGGCUGGCCGGCGGGGGCCGUCGAUGCUGGUACGGGAGACAGCGGCGCUUCAGCUCGAGGAGCGACGGGCGGAUUGGGGGUAUUCGAAGCCUGUGGUGGCUCUUGAUAUUGCUUGGAAUCUGGCGUUCACUAUUGUGGCAAUUGUGAUGCUUAUUUGCACUGCAAGAGAGCGACCGAAUACGCCGAUUAGGAUUUGGGUGUGUGGAUAUGUGCUACAGUGUUUGGUUCAUGUGGUGUUAGUGUGGAUGGAAUAUAGGAGGAGGAAUAUACAGAGGAAUCGGAAUCCUGAGGAUGGAAUGAGGGAUUCUGAUUCAGAUGUGAAUGACAGUGACGAUGAAGAUGGAGUUGGUGGGAGUCGAUCAAGGAUUGCCAAGCAAUGUGAAAAUAUUAAUACAUUGGCUUCCUUUCUCUGGUGGAUAGUUGGCUUCUAUUGGGUGGUUUCUGGCGGUGAAACACUUUUGCAGAAUGCUCCACAUCUAUACUGGUUGGCUGUCGUAUUUCUUGCGUUCGAUGUGUUCUUUGCCAUCUUUUGUGUUGCUUUGGCAUGUUUGAUUGGGAUUGCUCUCUGCUGCUGCUUGCCUUGUAUUAUUGCAAUUCUUUAUGCUGUGGCAGGCCAAGAAGGUGCAUCAGAGGCAGAUCUUAGCAUCCUUCCAAAAUAUAGAUACCAAACCGGUAGCAAUGAUGAAAAGCCUAGUAUAGGGACAGGAUUAAUGGUCCCUAUGGUAACAAGCAGUGGAUACUUGACAGAGGAACGUGUCCUUUUACCUGAAGAUGCGGAAUGCUGUAUUUGCCUUAGCUCAUAUGAAGAUGGGGUAGAACUCCAUACUCUUCCCUGUAACCAUCAUUUCCAUGCCACAUGCAUUGUGAAGUGGCUUAAAAUUAAUGCAACAUGUCCUCUUUGCAAGUACAAUAUUCUCAAGGGAAACAACGAGCAGGUGUAAAGAAGGCAAAAAAGAGAAUUACAAGCAGCCAGUCACUAUGCUCAGCCAGUGUGUGUGUGUGUACAUACAGUCAUCAAAAAAAGAAAUGCAACUACUCCAGUGUGAUCAUCAGAUCUGACACAGGAGUUAGACAAUUGAGCGUCCGUUGGAAAUUAAUCCUUCAUUCUCUUUUAGAGUUGCUUCUUUUAUCAAAUGUUUGUCCUUUCAUUGCACAAGUUGUACUUGAUUUAUCUGAUACAGGAAAGAACAAAUUUGCAGUCUUUUUCCCCAUUUCCAAGUUUAUCUGUAGAGUGGAAAAUGUCUUCAGUUUUUUUAUGUAUUAGCAUUUUCUCAUUUGAGAUCUAGACCAAAGAAUAAAACAGAUCGUAUUGGUCUUACUUCA